AUGACUGAACUAGAGCAUUUCAUUUGUCGCUUACGAAGGCAUACUCAGAGAGGUUUUGGAAGACGUUCCCCUCGUGGCCGCGGCGGUCGUGGUGGUGGUGGGGUGGGACACCACCAUCAUGUCGUCGCGGCCACCGCGACCACCACAGUUGCUGCGCCUGAGAACAACACAGUUGCUGUGCCCGAGACCAACCAGACUGUCCCUGAUACCUCCCAACCUCCUCCCGAGGAGGCUCCUGCUCCCACUCAAGAGAUUCAUACUGCGAAGGACAAUCAGAAUAACACUGAAAUAAAGGAAACCUGA